AUGAGCAAUGGCGACGAGGGGCCGCCCGCAGACGCGACGGCGGGGCGGCCCACCAGGCGCGGCAGUGCGCUGCGCAGGAAGGAGGAGGCCGAGGUAGGCGCCUCGGCGGCCCGCCGACGGGCGCGGGCACGGCGCCUCCUCGCGGCCGCGGCGGCAGUCGGCAAGGCGGCCAGCGGCGGCCCAGGUUCCUGGCAGGAUCGCGAGGCUGCUGCGCGCCCCGCCUUGCGCCGAGCCGCCGCGGGACGCCGCGUCCCAGGCGCAAUGCGGCGACGGCGGAACGCCGCGUGGCGCGCGCUGCUGGCCCCUGCUGGCGGAUUCGCGCGAGCGCCCGCAGCGGGCUUAUCGCGGGCCGCCGCAGGCCCCCGCAUGGGCUGGCUGCCCGCGGCCACAGAUGGAGGGCGGCGCGCGGCGGCAACGCGCCCCCACACCGUGCGUUUCGCGGGCCAGGUCGUCGCCGCUGCGGCGGACGGCAGCGCCCAGACGGAGCCCCUGGGCGGCAGGCCGCGCGAGCGGCCGCCCAAGAAUCACCUCGGUCACCUGCGGCGGGGCUUGCGCCAGCGGUUCGAGGAAGCGCAGCGGCCCGCGCUCCCGCCCGCCCCCGCCCCGUUGGUCCCGCUGCCCGAGGUGCCCAAAAUGCGGAUCGCAGGCGUGCUAUCCCUCCCCGACAGGCUGCGGCUGUGCCAAGCCUCCUGUGGGAUCGCCUGGAACCUCGAGAGCAGCCCCUGUCGGCUCGCGGAGGCGCCGGAAGUGGAUCUGCGGGGCGCGGCGCUCCUGCAGCAGCUGGAGGGCGCCAGGCCGCACAGGGGCGCGAAUGCCGACGUGGACCCGGGCCUCGGUCUCGGCUCUGGCUACCAGCUGGCCAUGCUGCGGGAAAAGUUGCACCAUUCCGCGUCGAACUGCACCCAGUGCGGGGCUCUGGUCACGAAGCAGACCCCGGACAUCCGCCCCCUACAGGAAGGCUGGGCUGCUGCGGAACAUGCGCUGCGGGACCAGCUCGCCGCGCUCUGGGGGCAGCUGCAGGCGCGCGUCGCGAGGUGCACGGAUUUGCCUGCGGCCGUGGGCGAGCACAACGACGACGCACCUGACGGCUCGCUCUCGCCCCUCGUGGUGGAGGAUCGAGGCGAUGAUUGCGAGUUAGCCAACGGGUUCAACGCCUUCGAUGUCCUCCUCGAGGGCGCUGUGGGCCUCAGGGCCUUGCCCGCCCUGCCCGCUCUCACCGACGGCCCGCUCGGCUUCGGGGCGCCCGCUUGGCUGCGGGGCGGCAAGGGCUCCGCCGACAUGCCCCGAGCCCACGUGGGCGAGAUCGAGUGGGGCGACCUGCAGGCGAUCAUCCCGCAGCGCUGCGCAGAGGAGAGGAGUCUCGUAGCUCUCCGAGGCGUUGGCCCUGCUGCUGCGGGCGACACCACUGCCCCUGCAGGAACAGACGGCGACGGGUUCGGCGACGUCGGCGGCCGAUCCGCCCCCUGCGGCGGCGAUGGCGUCGGCGUAGGCUUCUUGUCUGCAGGCGAGCUCCUGGAGGCGGCGGCCGCCUCGCGGCUGGCCCCCGCCGCGGCCGGCCCCCUCCCCGGGGCCCCGCUCGAGGCGCCCCAG